AUGACGAAAUUUGACUGUUCUGCUUCUGGCGGCAACCCAUGCAUGAACGCAGGCACCUGUGAGAACAAUGCAUGUACAUGUGCUGGGACAUUUAUUGGAGCCUUGUGUAGUACAGCCGGCUGUUCUGUCGACAACCCCUGUCAGAAUGGAGGUACCUGUGAGAACAAUGAAUGUACAUGUGCUGCGGAAUUUAAUGGAGCUCUUUGUAGUACAGUUGACUGUUCUGCAUCUGGCGGCAACCCAUGUAUGAACGGAGGUACCUGUGAGAACAAUGCAUGUACAUGUGCUGCAGAAUUCGAUGGAGCUCUGUGUAGUACAGUUGACUGUUCUGCUUCUGGCGGCAACCCAUGUAUGAACGGAGGUACCUGUGAGAACAAUGCAUGUACAUGCGCUGCAGAAUUUGAUGGAGCUCUGUGUAGUACAGUUGACUGUUCUGCAUCUGGCGGCAACCCAUGUAUGAACGGAGGUACCUGUGAGAACAAUGCAUGUACAUGUGCUGCAGAAUUCAAUGGAGCUCUGUGUAGUACAGUUGACUGUUCUGCUUCUGGCGGCAACCCAUGUUUGAACGGAGGUACCUGUGAGAACAAUGCAUGUACAUGUGCUGCAGAAUUUGAUGGAGCUCUUUGUAGUACAGUUGACUGUUCUGCUUCUGGCGGCAACCCAUGUGAGAACGCAGGUACCUGUGAGAACAAUGCAUGUACAUGUGCUGGGACAUUUAUUGGAGCCUUGUGUAGUACAGCCGGCUGUUCUGUCGACAACCCCUGUCAGAAUGGAGGUACCUGUGAGAACAAUGAAUGUACAUGUGCUGCGGAAUUUAAUGGAGCUCUUUGUAGUACAGUUGACUGUUCUGCAUCUGGCGGCAACCCAUGUAUGAACGGAGGUACCUGUGAGAACAAUGCAUGUACAUGUGCUGCAGAAUUCGAUGGAGCUCUGUGUAGUACAGUUGACUGUUCUGCUUCUGGCGGCAACCCAUGUUUGAACGGAGGUACCUGCGAAAACAAUGCAUGCACAUGUGCUGCGGAAUUUAAUGGAGCUCUGUGUAGUUUAGUUGACUGUUCUGCGUCUGGCGGCAACCCAUGUUUGAACGGAGGUACCUGUGAAAACAAUGCAUGUACAUGUGCUGCGGAAUUUAAUGGAGCUCUGUGUAGUACUGUUGACUGUUCUGCAUCUGGCGGCAACCCAUGUAUGAACGGAGGUACCUGUGAGAACAAUGCAUGUACAUGUGCUGUGGAAUUUAACGGAGCUCUGUGUAGUACAGUUGACUGUUCUGCAUCUGGCGGUAACCCAUGUAUGAACGGAGGUACUUGUGAGAACAAUGCAUGUACAUGUGCUGCGGAAUUUGAUGGAGCUCUUUGUAGUACAGUUGACUGUUCUGCUUCUGGCGGCAACCCAUGUAUGAACGGAGGUACCUGUGAGAACAAUGCAUGUACAUGUGCUGCGGAAUUUAAUGGAGCUCUGUGUAGUGCAGUUGACUGUUCCGCAUCUGGCGGCAACCCAUGUAUGAACGGAGGUACCUGUGAGAACAAUGCAUGUACAUGUGCUGCAGAAUUCAAUGGCGCGCUGUGUAGUACAGUUGACUGUUCUGCAUCUGGCGGCAACCCAUGUAUGAACGGAGGUACUUGUGAGAACAGUGCAUGUACAUGUGCUGCGGAAUUUAAUGGAGUUCUUUGUAGUGCCGUUGACUGUUCUGCUUCCGGCGGCAACCCAUGUAUGAACGGAGGUACCUGUGAGAACAAUGCAUGUACAUGUGCUGCAGAAUUUGAUGGAGCUCUGUGUAGUACAGUUGACUGUUCUGCAUCUGGCGGCAACCCAUGUAUGAACGGAGGUACCUGUGAGAACAAUGCAUGUACAUGUGCUGCAGAAUUCAAUGGAGCUCUGUGUAGUACAGUUGACUGUUCUGCUUCUGGCGGCAACCCAUGUAUGAACGGAGGUACCUGUGAGAACAAUGCAUGUACAUGUGCUGCAGAAUUUGAUGGAGCUCUUUGUAGUACAGUUGACUGUUCUGCUUCUGGCGGCAACCCAUGUAUGAACGCAGGUACCUGUGAGAACAAUGCAUGUACAUGUGCUGGGACAUUUAUUGGAGCCUUGUGUAGUACAGCCGGCUGUUCUGUCGACAACCCCUGUCAGAAUGGAGGUACCUGUGAGAACAAUGAAUGUACAUGUGCUGCGGAAUUUAAUGGAGCUCUUUGUAGUACAGUUGACUGUUCUGCAUCUGGCGGCAACCCAUGUAUGAACGGAGGUACCUGUGAGAACAAUGCAUGUACAUGUGCUGCAGAAUUCAAUGGAGCUCUGUGUAGUACAGUUGACUGUUCUGCUUCUGGCGGCAACCCAUGUAUGAACGGAGGUACCUGCGAAAACAAUGCAUGCACAUGUGCUGCGGAAUUUAAUGGAGCUCUGUGUAGUUCAGUUGACUGUUCUGCGUCUGGCGGCAACCCAUGUUUGAACGGAGGUACCUGUGAAAACAAUGCAUGUACAUGUGCCGUAGAAUUUGAUGGAGCUCUGUGUAGUACUGUUGACUGUUCUGCAUCUGGCGGCAACCCAUGUAUGAACGGAGGUACUUGUGAGAACAAUGCAUGUACAUGUGCUGCGGAAUUUAACGGAGCUCUGUGUAGUACAGUUGACUGUUCUGCAUCUGGUGGCAACCCAUGUAUGAACGGAGGUACUUGUGAGAACGAUGCAUGUACAUGUGCUGCGGAAUUUGAUGGAGCUCUUUGUAGUACAGUUGACUGUUCUGCUUCUGGCGGUAACCCAUGUAUGAACGGAGGUACCUGUGAGAACAAUGCAUGUACAUGUGCUGCAGAAUUUAAUGGAGCUCUGUGUAGUGCAGUUGACUGUUCCGCGUCUGGCGGCAACCCAUGUAUGAACGGAGGUACCUGUGAGAACAAUGCAUGUACAUGUGCUGCAGAAUUCAAUGGAGCGCUGUGUAGUACAGUUGACUGUUCUUCUUCUGGCGGCAACCCAUGUAUGAACGGAGGUACUUGUGAGAACGAUGCAUGUACAUGUGCUGCGGAAUUUAAUGGAGUUCUUUGUAGUGCAGUUGACUGUUCUGCUUCCGGCGGCAACCCAUGUAUGAACGGAGGUACCUGUGAGAACAAUGCAUGUACAUGUGCUGCAGAAUUUGAUGGAGCUCUGUGUAGUACAGUUGACUGUUCUGCAUCUGGCGGUAACCCAUGUAUGAACGGAGGUACCUGUGAGAACAAUGCAUGUACAUGUGCUGCAGAAUUCAAUGGAGCUCUGUGUAGUACAGUUGACUGUUCUGCUUCUGGCGGCAACCCAUGUUUGAACGGAGGUACCUGUGAGAACAAUGCAUGUACAUGUGCUGCAGAAUUUGAUGGAGCUCUUUGUAGUACAGUUGACUGUUCUGCUUCUGGCGGCAACCCAUGUAUGAACGCAGGUACCUGUGAGAACAAUGCAUGUACAUGUGCUGGGACAUUUAUUGGAGCCUUGUGUAGUACAGCCGGCUGUUCUGUCGACAACCCCUGUCAGAAUGGAGGUACCUGUGAGAACAAUGAAUGUACAUGUGCUGCGGAAUUUAAUGGAGCUCUUUGUAGUACAGUUGAUUGUUCUGCAUCUGGCGGCAACCCAUGUAUGAACGGAGGUACCUGUGAGAACAAUGCAUGUACAUGUGCUGCAGAAUUCAAUGGAGCUCUGUGUAGUACAGUUGACUGUUCUGCUUCUGGCGGCAACCCAUGUAUGAACGCAGGCACCUGUGAGGACAAUGCAUGCACAUGUGCUGCGGAAUUUAAUGGAGCUCUGUGUAGUUCAGUUGACUGUUCUGCGUCUGGCGGCAACCCAUGUUUGAACGGAGGUACCUGUGAAAACAAUGCAUGUACAUGUGCCGUGGAAUUUGAUGGAGCUCUGUGUAGUACUGUUGACUGUUCUGCAUCAGGCGGCAACCCAUGUAUGAACGGAGGUACCUGUGAGAACAAUGCAUGUACAUGUGCUGCGGAAUUUGAUGGAGCUCUUUGUAGUACAGUUGACUGUUCUGCAUCUGGCGGUAACCCAUGUAUGAACGGAGGUACUUGUGAGAACGAUGCAUGUACAUGUGCUGCGGAAUUUGAUGGAGCUCUAUGUAGUACAGUUGACUGUUCUGCUUCUGGCGGCAACCCAUGUAUGAACGGAGGUACCUGUGAGAACAAUGCAUGUACAUGUGCUGCGGAAUUUAAUGGAGCUCUGUGUAGUGCAGUUGACUGUUCCACAUCUGGUGGCAACCCAUGUAUGAACGGAGGUACCUGUGAGAACAAUGCAUGUACAUGUGCUGCAGAAUUCAAUGGAGCGCUGUGUAGUAUAGUUGACUGUUCUUCUUCUGGCGGCAACCCAUGUAUGAACGGAGGUACUUGUGAGAACAAUGCAUGUACAUGUGCUGCAGAAUUUAAUGGAGUUCUUUGUAGUGCCGUUGACUGUUCUGCUUCCGGCGGCAACCCAUGUGUGAACGGAGGUACCUGUGAGAACAAUGCAUGUACAUGUGCUGCAGAAUUCGAUGGAGCUCUGUGUAGUACAGUUGACUGUUCUGCAUCUGGCGGCAACCCUUGUAUGAACGGAGGUACCUGUGAGAACAAUGCAUGUACAUGUGCUGCAGAAUUUAAUGGAGCUCUGUGUAGUACAGUUGACUGCUCUGCUUCUGGCGGCAACCCAUGUAUGAACGGAGGUACCUGUGAGAACAAUGCAUGUACAUGUGCUGCAGAAUUUGAUGGAGCUCUUUGUAGUACAGUUGACUGUUCUGCUUCUGGCGGCAACCCAUGUAUGAACGCAGGCACCUGUGAGAACAAUGCAUGUACAUGUGCCGGGACAUUUAUUGGAGCCUUGUGUAGUACAGCCGGCUGUUCUGAUGACAACCCCUGUCAGAAUGGAGGUACAUGUGAGAACAAUGAAUGUACAUGUGAGGCAGAAUUUAAUGGAGCUCUGUGUAGUACAGUUGACUGUUCUGCAUCUGGCGGCAACCCAUGUAUGAACGGAGGUACCUGUGAGAACAAUGCAUGUACAUGUGCUGCAGAAUUUAAUGGAGCUCUGUGUAGUUUAGUUGACUGUUCUGCUUCUGGCGGCAACCCAUGUAUGAACGGAGGUACCUGUGAGAACAAUGCAUGUACAUGUGCAGUGGGAUUUAAUGGAGCUCUGUGUAGUUCAGUUGACUGUUCUGCGUCUGGCGGCAACCCAUGUAUAAACGGAGGAACCUGUGAGAACAACGCAUGUAUAUGUGCUGCGGAAUUUAAUGGAGCCCUGUGUAGUACAGUUGACUGUUCUGCAUCUGGCGGCAACCCAUGUAUGAACGGAGGUACCUGUGAAAACAAUGCAUGUACAUGUGCUGCGGGAUUCAAUGGAGCUCUGUGUAGUACAGUUGACUGUUCUGCCUCUGGCGGCAACCCAUGUAUGAACGGAGGUACCUGUGAAAACAAUGCAUGUACAUGUGCAGCGGAAUUUAAUGGAGCUCUUUGCAGUACAGUUGACUGUUCUGCUUCCGGCGGCAGCCCAUGUAUGAACGAAGGUACCUGUGAGAACAAUGCAUGUACAUGUGCUGCAGAAUUUAAUGGAGCUCUGUGUAGUACAGUUGACUGUUCUGCUUCUGGCGGCAACCCAUGUAUGAACGCAGGUACAUGUGAGAACAAUGCAUGUACAUGUGCUGGGACAUUUAUUGGAGCCUUGUGUAGUACAGCCGGCUGUUCUGGUGACAACCCCUGUCAGAAUGGAGGUACCUGUGAGAACAAUGAAUGUACAUGUGCUGCGGAAUUUAAUGGAGCUCUUUGUAGUACAGUUGACUGUUCUGCUUCCGGCGGCAACCCAUGUAUGAACGGAGGUACCUGUGGGAACAAUGCAUGUACAUGUGCUGCAGAAUUUAAUGGAGCACUUUGUAGUACAGUUGACUGUUCUGCAUCUGGCGGCAACCCAUGUAUGAACGGAGGUACUUGUGAGAACAAUGCAUGUACAUGUGCUGCGGAAUUUAAUGGAGCUCUGUGUAGUACAGUUGACUGUUCAGCUUCUGGCGGCAACCCAUGUAUGAACGGAGGUACCUGUGAAAACAAUGCAUGUACAUGUGCUGUGGAAUUCAAUGGAGCUCUGUGUAGUACAGUUGACUGUUCUGCAUCUGGCGGCAACACAUGUAUGAACGGAGGUACCUGUGAGAACAAUGCAUGUACAUGUGCAGCGGGAUUUAAUGGAGCUCUGUGUAGUACAGUUGACUGUUCUGGUAUCAACCCAUGUGGGAACGGAGGUACCUGUGAGAACGAUGCAUGUACAUGUGCAGAGGGUUUUAGUGGAUCUCUGUGCAGUGACGCCAUUGUCUGUACUUCUAGCGACCCAUGUGUGAACGGAGGUACCUGUGAGACUCCGACCAACGUAUGUUCAUGUGCUCAGGGAUUUACUGGAUCUGUGUGUGACAGAGUUGACUGUUCUGGUGACAACCCAUGUCAGAACGGAGGUAGCUGUGAAGAAAAUGCCUGUACAUGUGCUGCGGGAUAUAAUGGAGCUUUGUGUGGUACAGUUGACUGUUCUGGUGACAACCCGUGUCUGAACGGAGGUACCUGUGAUACCGAUGCAUGUACAUGUGCUGCGGGAUUUAAUGGAGCUUUGUGUAGCACAGUCGACUGUCUUGGGAACAACCCGUGUCUGAAUGGAGGGAGUUGUGAUACGGAUGCAUGUACAUGUGCUUCGGGGUAUACAGGGGCUUUAUGCGGUGACACGAUUGACUGUACUGGUGGCAACCCGUGUCAGAACGGAGGUACAUGUGAGAACAAUGGAUGUACAUGCGCUGCGGGAUUUAAUGGAGCUUUGUGUAGUACAGUUGACUGUUCUGGUGAAAACCCAUGCAUGAAUGGAGGUACCUGUGAGAACAAUGGAUGUACAUGUACUGCGGAGUUUGAUGGAGUUUUAUGUAGUACAGUUGACUGUUCUGGGGCCAACCCAUGUCUGAACGGAGGUAGCUGUGAGAGCAUUGCCUGUACGUGUGCUUCGGGAUUUAAUGGAGCUUUAUGUAGUAGUACAGAGUUGAACUUACUAAGUGCUGAGAUCACAGUCAGUGGGGUAGAAUAUACAACUGCAUUGGGUAACACUUCUUCAUCUGAAUUCAUGGAAGCCGCUGAACUGUGGGAAGAAAGGAUCACCGGCGGUUACUGCAAUGCUACUGCCGAGUCAAGGAACGGCACUGCUUGUCAAAUCAUGGUGACUGUAACAGGAUUCUCCAGUGGUUCUCUAGUAGUUGAUUUCACUGCUGUGUUUGACAGCUCCGUGGGUUCCACUCUGAAUGCAUCGAAUAUCCAAAUCUUGAACGAAAAUGGAAUUGCCUACGGUACAACAGUUUCUGGCGUAACUCUUAUCUGUGAUGGGGUUACGUGUGUAGACUGUACAGUAUGCAGCGAAGCUACUACCCCGGCCACAAGAAUGCAAGGGACUCUUCAAUGUUAUUCUUGUUCGACUAACUCCAUAACGGAUGUUUGCUCUACUGCUGAUGAACUUGCAAGCGGUUCCGGAGUACUAACUCCUACAUGCUAUGAAGGACAGCGUUGUUGGACUGAUCAUUAUGAGAACUCAUCACACACGGUUGUGUCGCGUGGAUGCACAGAUAACCCAUGCAUUGCUACCUUGCAUGGAGAUGGACCUUACUGCAUUUCGGCGAAUGGUGUUACCAGUUGCACAUCCUGUUGUACUGAAUCAAAAUGCAACGACAACAAAUCCAGCUCUGAGGGUCUCACUUCUAGCUGUGUGACAUGGCUGACAUCUCUUUUCUCACUGGUCAUCAUGCUGAUAACUUAUAUAGACUAAAUGAAUUCAAAUGUCAAAAGCUGUUCCCAUAUUACCCUUUAUUAUAACAGGCAAAACUAUUCCUACUCCAUUCACAAUCAAAUUGCAAACAUAUUGUUUAUUGACUUUUAUAAUUGAUGAAAGACUAAUGGUUGAACUAGGACAUUUUGAUUAUAUCAUACAGACAAUAAUACACACAUUUUUUAAUAGCAGUUUGGAAGGUUUUUAAAUAUGAUUUUUUAAAUUCAAAUACGGCAAGCACUUAUUUCUCAUAACUUGUUUCUAAAGAUAAUAGUACUGAUAUUAAUAAUUAUAUUUAUAAUAACACUACUGAUAAGAACAAUACUAACAAUAAUAAUAAGAAUUAUAGUGAUAAGUAGAAUGAUAAUAACACAAAUAAUAAUAAUAAUAAUAAUAAUUUGUUUUGUUUAACCAGGAUAGUCUUAUCAGAUAAAUGCAAAACCAUAUUUUUUUCAUGGUUAUUAUUUAUUGGCCACUAAGCAUGUUAGAAAGUAAGACAAAUUAGCAAUUUUAUAAUAUGUUCCGCGCCUAGAAACAAAGUAUUAGGCGCAUUAUAAAUGUGAGCUAUUAUUAUUAUCAUUAUUUAACAAAUCAAAUAAAAAUUUAUAAAGUAAAAUGGAACAAUGUUUCAACUAAUUCUUUCAACCUCACCAUCAAUGUUUGCAAAAGUAAGUAACAGACUUAUGUUUUACAAAUAGGUAUUGACUGAAUAAAACAUUGAAUUGAAAUUAAAAUAAAUGUUAUCAAUUUUAGUUUUGGUAAGAUUUCCUCUUUUGUACAUAUUUAUCAUUAGAAAAAUUUAGAAUUGUUUUAAUGUACUAUUUACAUUAAAAAUUUGUCUUAAAAUCCGUCCUGAAUAUUCUUCGUGGAAAUAUUCCUAAAUUUACAAAGCGAGAUUAGCCUUUUUCUGGAAAACUUACAUUUGUUGAUUUAUUUGGACAAGUUAUAUCUGUCAAACAGAUGGAAAAUAAAGAUAUAUGUCAAGCGGACAAAACACUUGAUACGCGACAUAUCAAGUGUUCUCAUUGCGUAUUCACACCUCUUUAUCGAAAGUUAAAAUUCAGAAUAAAGACAUUAAAAAUGAUAAAUAGUACCUUGAAGUUUUCAACUUUUCCGUAAAUGUUGUGCCCUUAUGAAAUGCAAUAUAUAUAAUGUGUUGAAAGUAUGUGAUAAAUUAACUCUUUGAUUGUAAGAGAAUAGGAAAAGCAAUGUGACAUUGUUCUUAUGUGAGUUUCAACAAAUCUGAUAGAACACUGUUUGAUAUUCAUUUGAAUGACAAAAAUGACCUGUGGCGGCCGCACAGAAACGUUGUUAACGCAAACAGCGCACUAACAGUACCGAUAGCGCUGUUUUGGCCGCACAUGAGCGUAACGUUAGUCGAAUUAGGCUUACAUUUCAAGGCCGCAUGUUUUAACAACUCACUAACAGUGCCAGGGGCACCAAUAGUGACAAUGUUAGUGAAUAAUUUCUUGCGUGCGUUAUAACUUUCUCCCUUUUUUAUCAUUCUAUCACUUUCUCUUUCUGUCUUUCCUUAUGUUAUCCUUUGUUUCUU